AUGGAUUGUUUUGUAGGAGGACAGACGGGAGCCUUAAAAGGAAUAAACUUGCGGGAAAAGAACUUCUCUAAUCUCACUUCCAUCAAGGACCUUAAUCCGAAGAAGGAUGAGGUUACUGCUAUGAUAUGGAGUAAAGCCAAUCAAUUGGAAGUGUUGACGGCUCAUCUUGAUAGGCAGCUGAAAGUGUUUGAUUAUGACAAACUACUACAGAGCUCUCUUUUCUCAGUCGAAGAUGGAACUGGUCCUAUAAAGGGAGUUCAUCUGACUCCAGAAGACAAAAUUUUCACAUGUGUUGAAUCUGGUACCCUUUCCGCUUACACACGAACAGGAGAGAAAGAACUCUCUUUCGAAGUUGGACCACGAAUCACAACAAUGCGAGGUAGCAACGAGCUGAAACGUUUAGUUACCGGUGGUACUAAAAAUCUUAUAAAAACUUGGGAUAUGGAAACUGGUAAGAUGAUCUGGUCAUCUAGAAACGUUCAUCUCGAUAAACUCCAACUUGAAGUGCCCGUGUUUUGCGUAGACGCUCAGUUCAAUCCUAAAAGUGAAAUGAUAGUUGAGGCAUCCAAAGUUCACGAACUGAGAGUUUAUGACCCACGAACUCAACGACGCCCGGUGAAGAGAAUAAAUUUCAUGGAUUGCCCCAUCACUGCUAUGUCUUUCUGCAAUCGUGAGAAUCAUGUCAUAGCUGCUAACGCUAUUGGAGAGAUGGCACUGUUCGACCUAAGGAGUCGAGUAAACCCAGUCUACAAGUAUAAAGGACAAGCUGGUUCCAUACGUUCAAUCUCUGCUCAUGAGACAGAACCUUACGUCGCUAGUUGUGGAAUUGAUCGUUUUGUACGGGUUCAUGAAGUAAACACUAGGAAGCUUGAGUAUAAGAUUUAUUGUAAAACAAGGAUGAACAAGAUUUUAAUGAGCACCUCUCUUUCUAUAUUAAAGAAAGAAGAGGAAAUCAACUGGGAAGAUAUCAAAAAAGAAGCUGUCAGUGAUGAAGAAGAUGAUGAUGAAGACGAUGACGACGAGGAGGAGGCUGUUGAUGAGAAAAAGAAUGGUUCUGAUCAGGAUGAUGAUGAUGAUGAAGAAGAUGAAGACGAAGAAGAGGAAGAUGAAGACGAGGAAGAAGAGGAAGAAGAGGACGAAGAGGAGGAGGAUGACGAUAGCGAUGAUGACGUUAUAGUUGAACAGGAGGUCCCAGCUAAAAAGAGAAAAAGAAAUUGA